AUGCUGACUUUAAACGCGGUCGUACAGACACAAAUGAUGCUGAACGCUCUGGUUGCCCAAAUUCGGCAAAAAGUCCAUAAAAUCGUUUUGGCCGAUCGUAAAUUGAAGUUGCGUGAGAUAGCAGAGGAGCGCAAUAAACAGGAGUUUUUGCGUCGAUAUGUGACAAUGGAUGAAAUAUGGAUCCACCACUUUACUCUGGAGUCAAAUCGGCAGUCAGCUGAGUGGACAGCAGCAAGUGAAAGACAUCCAAAGCAACCAAAGACGCAAACAUCAGCUGGCAAGGUUUUAGCUUCCGUAUUUUGGGAUGCGCAAGAUCUGGCCCCCAGCGACUAUUGGUUGUUUGCAGACAAAAGAAUACUCCAGGGAAAGAAAUUUGGAUCAAAUGAGGAGGUUAUUGCGGAAACUAAGGCGUAUUUUGAGACCAAAGACAAAUCGUUCUACAAAAAAGGCAUCGAAUUGUUAGAAAAGCGUUGGAAUCAGUGUAUCACCCUAGAAGGAAACUAUGUUGAUGAAUAA